AGAAGUCGAUGUAGUUUGAGCGAGAAGCAAUAUAUAUAUAGAGAGAGCGAUAGGAGAUACAUCACCGAGACGCAUAAUCGACGAUGAUUUACUACAUCCCCGCGGUUAUAAGGAUGGUUGCAUCAUAUAUGGUUUACUGUCCCACUGCUUGAAUCAUUCCUGCGGUUCAUGGUCACUUUGCUAUGCUCGCCGGCAUUUCUCUUUCUUUUGUCGCUGUCACGGCACUUAAGGCGAUUCAUCAAGAAGCGACAGCAUAGCCCUUCUCUUCCUCCUGGCUUAGUGCCACUCCCACUGUUGGAGAACGUCUUGCCUGUUGACUCUCAGGAGCCUUGGCUGACUUAUACCGAAUGGAGUGCUGCGUAUGGGAUUUGGUCUUCAAGCCUUAUUGGACAAGUGUUUUACUCCGCACACUCGAGCCAUAUGGCUUUUCGGUCAACUUUGGAUUCAGCGGUGAUGGCAAUGAAUGGCGCCUUUGCUGACGACUCUUCCACCCAACGUUCCGUCCCGAGCCUGCAGUAAAAUUUUGCCCAAUGCAGGUCAGGCGGGCUCAUGAGACGUCGUCAACCUAGCUGAUGACCCUCAACAUUGUCAUGACCACUUCGCAACAUUCUUGUCUAUCUGCUGUG